GUAGGAGGAAGAAAUGUAAUUGCAAAGGGAAAGAUAAGUUUACUUUGCAAAGCAAAUUUGUUAUUCAGUCAGCCAGAUUGCCGUUGUUGUUAUUUGCUUUUCCCUCACUGAAUAAUAAAAAGAAAACACGCAAACAACCCUAAACCACAGCCAUACCCCCACCCCACAACCUCCCUGCGCACACAAAAAGGAGGAUGCUAAACACAGCCUUUGAUACUCAGGAGCAUAAUUGAUGCUGUGACGCGCAGAAGCCCACAGGACUCCCACGGAGCGCAGGUAUAAGAGGAGGAGCGCACCUCCCCGGCAGGCAGAGGACAGCUGGGGGCAGCUCUGUGUGCUCCCUGCUCUGUGGGGUCUGGGGUCUGUGCAGGGGACGGCUUUGCUGUGCUCACGGGUGGAGGAGAAGUUGUGUUUGCAACAGGGGAACACCUGAGUGGGAGCUGAUCCAGGAAGGACUCGUUGUGAGAGAACGGUGACUCCAAAGGGUGGAAGAUGCUGGAUAAGGCCACCCUGUUCCUGUUCCUGCAUUUAGUCUCAAGCUCCAUCUCCUCUCCUCUCUACCCAGCUCUCAGGUACAGCCCAGGGCCUGUUACUGGCAAGGCUGUGAACUUCCAGCUCCUGGACCACAGUGUGCUGCAGAGCCACAGCCCCUCAGUGAAACAGGACGAGGAGGGUUUAUUAAGAGACCCCACUGAGAAAAGGAUGCAGCGCCACGCUGAUGCCAUAUUUACUGACAACUACCGCAAAUUCCUGGGGCAGAUUUCAGCCCGCAAGUUCUUACAGACCAUUAUUGGCAAGAGACUCAGAAACAGUGAGAGCAGCCCAGGAGAAGGGAUGCACAAGCUCCUGACGAGGCGCCAGUCGGACAGCAUCCUGAUGGACAGCCGCUACCACCAGCAGAUGGUACUGAGGGACUUCUUGGGAGCCAUGCUGCAGCAUCAAAGGCCUCAGGAUGUGAACAGCAGUCGGUUAGAGGGGUUUCCCAGCACCCUGGCUGUGUUCAUGUAAAUAUUUUUCCCUUUUCCGUCUCCCCGUGCUCUGAACGAUUCAGAGCUCACGGAUCUAAGUGCAUAGAAGCCAUCCACAGCAAUGAAGACACUCCUGGAGGUGACCAGCUGGAGGCUGAUGCGUACACUCAAACCUGCUAAAAGGAAUGCGGUUCUGAUGCACUACUUCAUCUACUUCAAUCUUUACUGUAUAAUUCCCCCCUCUAAGCACUGGUUUGAGUAGUGAAUCAGAUUAAAAACCCACCAAACUUCUGUGGUUUAACCUCAGGCUGCUAAAACAACAUCACGCUUGUGAUCCUGGAGACAUUUGUUACUAAUUGAGGUUUUUGGAUCAUAAAAUGUAGCAAAAUCUCUGCCAAAUCAUCACUCUGUUUGAGGGGCCCAAUGAAUGUACAUGAGGCCACCAUUAAAGCACCUUUGGGCGGUUCAGUGAACUGAUUACAGCCUCCUUUAAACAGAUGCUGAUGGCACAACCACCCGCAGCUCAGCACAGGGUGAGGUCAGACAUGAACCCACACGUUCACCACCCAUCACCGACACUGCUGGGGGCUGUUACCUCCUUCAUAGAGCCCUGGCAGCAAAACUGAACAUUCAAAGCUCGUUAUAAGCAGUUACUGAUCAGCCUCAAGGUGUUUAAAUUGAAGCUACAGCUUUGCUCUGCAGGAGUUAAAAGAAAUCCCUGUGCAUCUGAUUGGGCUGAUGCUGUGUUUUAAUUCAAUGUGCCGUGCUGCGGCUCUGAGCUCCACCAUGGCUACAGGGUUACAGCAGUAAAUGUUUGCACUAUCACAAGUUAUUAGGACAGAAAUCUCUCACACAGCGACUCCUUUCCCCGUCACCCAAACUCUUCUACUGUUUGUGUAAUAUUUAUGUCUUCUGAAAUGUAAAUAACGCCAGGAUGGGGUCUGCGCUCCCAUCGUUAGCAGGGAAUAAAAGCUGUUCUAAAUAAACCUGUUCAACAGCAGGUCAA